CAGCUCUGCCCACCUCGGGCUGACGGAGGUGGGGGCGCGGCCGGGAGAGUGGUGGAGGCGGGGUCUCCGCGGCGGGAGGGGGAGCCGCGGAUCAAGGGUGAUAGGUUUUGGGGGGCCGGAGACGGCGCUUGAGAUCCUGGACGGGAGAAAAAGUUGUUGGGGCAGGGUAUUCAGGUGGAGGGAGUUCAAAACGGGGGCUUGGGCGGGGGGCGCGUUGAAGAAGUGCGCUAAGCUGGGAAGGAACUUUCGGAGCAGGGGAUCCGGAGAUAAGGACCGUUUGGGACGCCGGGAUGGGCUGAGUUCAUGGCCCCAGGGUCCUGGGGAAGGUGUGAGGCGUUGGGGCUGGGAUCCCGGGCAUUUGGAGAAGCGAGAGGACGCGGGACAGGGCUCUCGGUCUCCCGGACCCAGUGGCGGGGAGCGGAUACUGGGGAGAGUUGCAGUGUCCAGAUCUGGGAGUCGGAGGGGGCAGCUUGGCGGCGAAGUGGACAGGCGUUUGAAAGACAGGCGCAUUUGGGAAAGUCGACGAGGUUAAGGGCUCCACAUUGAGAUACCUAGUCUCCCUGCGCAGUGGGUUGGAGAACGUGUGCAGGCUUUGAGCGAUGUGUUGGGGCGUGGGUCUCUGCACCCGAGAGCAGUUGGGGGGCACAAUCGGGACCUUCGAAGUCCAAAGGACUGGGAGAAAGCAGUUUGGAGCCCGAGCCUGGGGUGGGGGAGGGGUGUUCCGGGCGGGGAGGCUCAGACCCGCCGCCCUGGAGGCAGCGGAGGGCGGGGCUGGCAGGCGCCGGGCAGCUGGACGUCCGGGUUCCCUUCCCCCACCCACCCCGGGGCCGGUGCGCAUGCUCUGAGUGAGGGCGGGGGAAGGCUCGUCCCUGUGGCCUGCGGAGCCCUCUGGGGAUUGUAGUGCGCACGGACCUUCAGUGCCUGUGCCUAGAGGCUAUUGGCCCACCUUUCCCAGAAGGCCCUGAGCCAAACUGGGCGUGCCUGCUUGCCUAGCAGGGAGGCGGAGCCUAUAGUGUCGAGGUCUGAUUGGUUCGGGCGGUAGGGGCGGGGCUUGGCCCGAGUCGAGUUCUAGCUGGUUUUCCUUUGGGGCGCGCUUUGGGGGAAGUGGGAGGCGGGGCCGGAGGGAAGGAACGAGGCCCCUUCCCUGCGGCUGGGAAGGGAAUGCUCGGGUCCGUUAGGCGGUGGCUUCGGACAGAAAUACUCUCCCUGCGUGCGAAGAGUCUCGACAAGUAGAUGUCCUGACUCGAGUAGAGUAGGCAUUUGGUAAUAUUGAAUGAAUAAAUUAGCGGCUAACUCUUGUUCCUUAAGCGUUUCCUGUAUGGUGGGACCUGUGCUUAUUGCAUGUGGGGUCUUCUUGACAACGCUGAUAAUGUUAACAAUCCCCGUUUUACAGAUGAGGAAACUGAGGCCCAGAGAGGUGAUGUUACAUCACUUCCAAGAUUACACAGCUGAGCAAUGUCAGAGACAGAAUUCAAAUCCAGAAUGCUACCAUCACUCCUGCUCUCUGUACUUCACACCUGUCUUGUGUAACUCUUUCGAAGAAAAGAGUGUUGUGGAAAGUACAGAUUUAAGACUCAGAGGGACCUGAGUUGGGGUCUUUAUGCUAACUUAGGAUCCGCUUGCAGAUGAGGAAAUUCAGUCUCAAUGAGGACAUCAUGGUUGGGGGCUUGAAGAGGAAGCACUCAGACUUGGAAGCAGAAGAGGAAGAUGAGAAGUGGGACUGGAGUCCUGCAGGCCUUCGGAGCUACCAGCAAGCCCUGCUUCGAAUCUCCCUUGACAAAGUCCAGCGGAGCUUGGGCCCCCGGGCCCCCAGCCUCCGCAGGCACGUGCUCAUCCACAACACCCUCCAGCAGCUCCAGGCCGCGCUGUGCCUGGCCCCUACACCUGCCUUGCCGCCGGAGCCCCUCUUCUUGGGUGAGGAGGACUUCUCCCUGUCUGCCACAAUCGGCUCUAUUCUCAGGGAGUUGGAGACCUCCAUGGACGAAACUGAGCCCCCUCAGAAUCCAAUGGCUCCCCCAGCACCCCAGAAUGAAGUGCUGCCCCAGCCUGACCCGGUGUUCUUAGAAGCACUGAGCUCCCGCUACCUGGGGGACUCGGGUCUGGAUGACUUCUUUCUGGACAUUGACACAUCUGCAGUGGAGAAGGAGCCAGCUCUGGCCCCGCAGGAGCCUCCCCACAAUCUCUUCUGUACCCCAGGAUCCUGGGAGUGGAAUGAACUAGAUCACAUCAUGGAAAUCAUUCUGGGAUCCUAAGACAUUGAGGGGUUCCGUCCUUAGCCCAGCCUCGGCAGGUUGGCUCCCUGGAUGAAACGCUGAGUUUCAGUGGGGGCUCCAAGCACUGAUCACAGCUCCUUGCCCCCCAUUUCAGGGUUCCACAACUGUCUUGCAUGUGUGUGUGUGUCUGGUUACCCCAGCCUUCUGUGAAGGUGGGUCUUCUUCCUGAAUUAAUUUAUCUGUUCCAAAUGCCUUAACGAGACUGUUUCUGGGAAUCUCACUUCCCUCUUCCACAUUUCUUCUGCCUUUCCCUCCAGUUCUUCCUACUCCCCUUUUGACCACUGGGGCCUCAGGGAAGAUAAAGCUGGGCCCAUGGAGGGAUGACAGGGAUGUGCUGACUGUGGCUGUGGAAACCCAGACUCUGCCUCUCAUACCUGGAGGGAGUGAGAGAGUCUGGCCUCCUCCCCCAGGCUGAACCCCCACCUCCAUUGCAGGACCCCAGUCUCAGCAGCCUCCUGAUACAUAACCAGGCCGGACCACGUGCAAUAGGGUGGGAACCAAACUGCCCCAUGCCGCAUUAUUUAAAAAGAAAGGCGGGUUUUAUGGUGGGGUGUUUUAUGUUUUUUUUGAUUGUUUGUAAUUUU